AGGUAUUUGUCUCUUGUCAGAAAUGCUGUUUUACAGUAACAUUAACAUUAUUAACACCACAGCAAAAUAUGAUUAGUUGGUUUAGUAGGCUUGUGUUAUUGAUUCUAGAUCAAAAUUGAUUUUUUUAAAAACUGUUCUUUCAGAUAUAUGGCCAGACAUUGUUUAAUAAUAAACAUUUCCGUUUCCACAUAUUUGAAUUGUAGAUUCCUGAUGUGGCUCAGACAGAGAUACCAGUACCACAGAAGGAGGAAACAACAUCCAUCUCUGGAGCAUUCCUUUGCCACACCAAAUACAGACCAGACUCUCAGGAACAGCGCAGUAAAGAAGGGGCAAUUGCACAGUGGUUGGCUAGGACAGCCAUUCCUGUGCGAACAGUAGAGCAUGAGGAGUUCAUCGUAAUGAUGGAGAAAAUUGACAAACGACUCACUGUUCCAAAGAAAACCAAAAUGACAAACCUCAUUGAUGACAUGUACCUUUCUGGGAAGGUGAAAUUCAAACAGAGACUGGCAAUGGCCCGAAAGGUCACCAUUGGCUUGGACAUAUGGACAAAGAAAGGCCUUACUGCGUCUUUUCUUGCCAUCAGCGCUUGUUAUUUCAACACUGAUGACAACAAGCCAGAACACAUACUGUUGAACUUAAAGCAACUGACACACCCACACACUGCCCAAGUGAUCUCAGGCCUGGUUGAUGAGUCUCUCCAAGAGUGGGGGAUUCACAAAGACAAAAUUCUCACAAUUAUCACUGACAACGGGAGUAACAUGGUGGCUGCUUUCCCUUAUGAACACGAAGAGGAAGCUAGUAGUACUGAGGAUGAUGACUGUGGUGAAACUGAUGACGAGGAGGCAGGGUCCGGAGAAAGGUAUGAGCCCUUGGGGAGGACUCCAUGUGUGGUACAUACCCUUCAGCUUGUGGUGAAUUUGAUUCAAAAGGACAACUCCAUCAAACGGCUGCUGGACAAAAUCAGACAUCUGGUAAGACAGUUCCGUAAGUCAUCUGUUGCCACAGAACAGUUACUGCAGCAGUGUGGGCUCAGUCUGAUCAAAGACUGUCCAACCAGAUGGUCAAGCUCUUAUUUGAUGUUGUCUCGUCUACUUGAAGUGAAAGAAAGUCUCACAUUGGUGGCCAACACUAUGGGCUGGGACUGCCUACUGCCCAGUGAGUGGCAGAAGGUGGUCAUCCUCAGAGACUUGCUAUUGCCAUUUGCAGAACAUACGAAGGUGCUUGAAAGUGACACUAGUUGCCUGUCCCUUGUUGUACCUGCUUUGAUGGACUUAAAGAGUCACCUCUCUGAGUUCUCUCAAACUCAUGCCAGGAGCUACAGAGACCUGGCCUCACUGGCACAGAAAAUGAGUGACAACCUGCUUGAACGUUUCACGCAUUUCCUUGAUGUUGAUGCAGAAAGAUUUUCUCCUCUAGCUGCUGCUGCAUGCUUUCUUGAUUCCAAUGUAGCAGAAGUCCUCAUUGAAAAUGAAGAAGAAAGCAUUCAGAAUCUUCUGAAAGAAGGUGAACAGUACAUAGUCCGCAGUGUGCCACAGCAAGAAGAGUUAGCCGAUGAAGAGGAUAACAGAAAUGCAGAAGCUGAGGGAACACCUGCAAAGCAACCACGAUUCAAGUUUUUCAGCAGCAAUCAUUCAUCAAGACCAAAGAUCUUCAAACCCACAGUGAAGCAAGAGCUGAAGAAAUACAAAGAGUUGUUGUCAGAUUUUAAUUCUGAGGUGUCUGGGAUUCAGUUCUGGCUUUCUCAGAGUGACACAAUAUUCCCAAACAUGAAACCUCUGGCAUUAGAUAUUCUGUCAAUGCCAGCUUCCCAAGCCUUUGCUGAAAGAGUAUUCAGUCUGACCGGAGACCUCUCAAGUGGGCGGCGUAACAGAGCAAGGGUUACCCUCGAAAGAAGUGCUUUUCUUAAGCUCAACAAAGCAUAA